GCUGAAAUUAAAAAAAAAUUAAUGAAAAAAAUGUUAGAAAGCUUUUGAACCCUGGGUGAAAAUGGCUUCAACACCGCCUCAAACUGAAAAACCAUUUCAUUAUACUUAUUUGAAAGAAUUUCGGGUUAACCAAUGCCCGUUAUUCCUUCAACACAAGUGCACACAGCACCGACCAUUUACGUGUUUUAAUUGGCAUUUUUCUAAUCAAAGACGAAGAAGGCCAAUAAAAAGGAGAGAUGGGUUGUUCAAUUAUAGUGCUGAUGUUUACUGCAGUAAAUAUGAUGAAACAACAGGAAUAUGUCCAAAUGGAGAUGACUGCUUGUAUAUACACAGAAAUACUGGAGACACUGAAAGGCGUUACCACUUGCGUUAUUAUAAAACUGGUACCUGCAUUCAUGAAACUGACUCUAGAGGAAAUUGUGUGAAAAAUGGGCCGCAUUGUGCAUUUGCCCAUGGUGCUCAAGACCUCAGGCCACCUGUGUAUGAUGUUCGUGAACAGAGCAUGGAACAAAAUCAGAUGCACUCUUUGUCAGAACAGAUGAAUCAUGAUUCUGUGAACCUUGCUGAGAAAAUUGUGAAUGAAGAUCCAAAAUGGCAGGAUGCUAACUUUGUUUUGGCUAACUACAAGACAGAGCUGUGCAAAAGACCACCAAGGUUGUGUAGACAAGGUUAUGCUUGCCCACAGUAUCAUAAUGCAAAAGAUAGAAGAAGAAACCCAAAGAAAUAUAAAUACAGAUCAAGUCCUUGCCCUAAUGUAAAACAAGGUGAUGAUUGGAAAGAUCCUUCGUGUUGUGAAAAAGGGGAUAGCUGUCUUUUCUGCCACACGCGCACAGAGCAACAGUUCCACCCUGAGAUAUACAAGAGUACUAAAUGUCAUGAUAUGACACAGACUGGCUACUGUCCACGGGGACCCUUUUGUGCAUUUGCUCAUGUGGAACAAGAGAUUCGAAUUAUAGAAGGCUCUCCUACAAUGGUUAGUGAUAUUGUGCAGAAUGAAGUUAAAGAAAUACAACUUGCGUAUGGAAAUGAACUUACACUAAGCGAUAAAAACCAAAAUACUCCCAAUCUUGGCUGGCCAUUUAAUCCUGAGGUGGGUGAUGGUAAUAUCACACUUUCAAAUCAAUUGAUUAACAAUGAGCAUCUUAUGAGUAAGAGUUUUCCUUCUUGUCCAUCUCCCAUUUCUAAACCACGGACUGCUUCUCUAAGCAGUAACAAGGAUGCAAUGAAUUAUCCAUAUUCGAAAGCACCAGGGUCUGAGCGUAGUGCUGGUGACAAUAUGAAUAAUACUGGUUUUGGGGCAUCUGGGCCCACUGUAUCAUGGCCAGGCAUAGGAAGUGGUAACCAACGUUCAGCUUUAGUUGGAAGCUAUUCCAGCACGAAUUCAUCUCCUCCACACAAUUUCCCACGACCAUUUAAUGUGCUUAACACCGAAGCAGCCCCAUUUUACCCACCAGAUGAGACUGUGGAUUCUGUUGUUGGAAAUGCAUUGGAAGAUCUGGAUAUUUUUGGGAAUAAAGUUCAAGAACCAGGAGGAAACAAUGGCAGCAAUUUGAAAAUGUGGACAAGACAAGUUGCGUCAUCAAACAGUGUCCAAUCGUCAUUGCUUCAAAUGUCAGACCCUGUGAAUAUUCCACAGGAUACUAUGAUGAGAAGUAACUUUCCAAAUGGAAUGCGAGGUUCUUUAUCAUCAGUUUCACCGCUUCCUAAACUAGUUCCAGGCAUGGAGUUUCCAAGUUCAGAUCCACUGUUAGCUCCACAGAUGUCUGGGCGCUUCCCAAUGGGUGCUAAUUCUCGUUAUCAAAUGCAAGGCAAUCAGUCUAUGCCUAGUAUGAGCUCAUCUCUGGGCAGUGGUAUGGUGCCUGCAGUUGAAUUUGAGCGCAUGCAAGAGAAGUGUAAGCAGUGGGAACGGUCAUGGAACCAAGCAAAAGCGGCAUGUGAUGCUUGGAAACGAGAAGCAACUGACGCCAAUGAGAGAGCAAAGUCAGCAGAAGAACAUGGAAAACAAGCUCAGGAAAGAGUCAGUGCACUUGAAAACCAUUUAAAAUCUUUUCUGGAGCAAAAAAAUGAAAAUUCACAGGCGCCGUGUAAAUUUCUGCACCAGCACUAUGAACGAAAUGAUUUAAAACCGUUUAACGUUGCUAAUUUAAAACAACUACAGGUGAAAUAUAAAGAAGAUCUUGAACUUAUACAAAAGCAUAUUUGGGAAUUACUGUGCCCCCCACAAACAUAAAUCCACAAAAAGACUUAAAAGAACAUCUAUUUCAAAAUUGUUGUUUUCAGCAUACAUUUUGUUGCGUUCAGCGGGUGUAAAACUGAUGUAUUUACCAAAUUCUGUAAAUAAUGUGCUAAAAGAAAAACCAGUAAAUAUCCCAAACGUUUUGUACGACAUCUUCGAAAUUUUAUCUGUAAAGUAUAUCUGUUUUAAAAUAUUACCAAUUUUUUAAUUUUGGAUCUUAAAACUCAUUUCAACUUUUACAAAAUGAAAUCAAAUUUACUGCGUGUCUGUAAAUGUUGUUAGAUAUUAAUGUUUCUUAUGGGAAUUACACAUUUUGGAAGUUGUGCAUUGUAUUACAGUCCUGUUGUCUGAAUUGUCACUAUUUCAUACAAACAAACCAGAUAAUUUACCGUCCUGUAACAAUUUACCCUUUUUUCUUGGUAACCUAAUCUAAAUACUUUAUUUUUUAAAUGAACUUUCGUCUGUUUACUAAAGCCUGGUGUUUUAUUUCCCAAUGUUAAAGUUUUUGCCGUUUUUCUCGUGCGGAACAUAAGAGUUUGAUAUUUUUAUACUGAGACCUUGUUUUACCGUUUUAUUGCUUUCAGUAAGUGUUUUGUAGGCUAACAUCGAACAGGCAAUUCGUUACUUAACGAUUUUAUCCAAUUCAAAGUGAUUUGCCUCUCUUAUCGCGCGUAUUUUAAGUUUCAUUGUAGCUUCUUAUGUUUACGUGUUCCAAUUUUGAACUGGUUGGCUGUCAAGCAGCCGAUCCUAAUGUGUGUAGUUGGUCGCGAAACAAACGUAAUUCCUUUGUGUGCCUAAUUCAGUCUAAUUAAGUAACUUGUGUGGGACGUAU